AUGCUGUGGGGUUGCGGCCGCCGGGCUUCGCGCGCGAAGAUCUGGGGUGUACUUACAGCUGUGGCGGCGGCGACGGCGGCGACGCUAAGCAGUGUGUCCUUCUUUGCUCUCACUUCUGAUCCUUCUGCUUCUUUUUUGACUCAUUUUCACUCAAUUUUCCGAAAACCAACUCACCAUUUUCGUUUUCUGGCUGGCCAGCGGCCCCCCAGCCUCCUCCAGGCCUCUCCCCCGCUUUCUCCCUCUCUAGGGUCACCUAGGAGCGCCACUGAAGACCCAGGAGCCCCCCAUCCCUUUUCUUCCAGCCCUUCAAGUGCGCCCCGGGGCCCCCCGGCAGCAGCAGCAGCAGCAGCAGCAGAAGACCCUCCCGAGCCCCCUCCUGCAGUCAUGGCGUGGCGCAGCCACGGGAGCAACAACAAAGAGCUUGUGGAGAACUUGAGGCGCUCAGGCGUCUUCAAGGACCAAAGGGUUUUCGACGUCAUGCUGCAGGUAGACCGGGGUCACUUCGUGAGCCAAGACCCUUACCUGGACAUGCCCCAGUCCAUAGGCUUCGGGGCCACCAUAUCUGCACCCCACAUGCAUGCAAUUGCUCUUGAACAACUUAAAGAAGAACUGGUGUGGGGCCACAGGGCCCUCGACGUCGGUGCGUGCUCCCCAGGUGUACGUACACCGCAGCGACCCCGCGCUGCAGCCGCUGCUCCCAACGCCCUCGAGGCGCUCCCUCCCCAAGGGGCCCCCGAGGGGCCCCCAAAUGGCCCCCAAAGGGCCCCUAUGGCCCCCUUGGGGCCCCCGGAGGGCCCCCUAGGGGCCCCCUAG